AUGAAUCGCCUGAGGGAGGAAAACUACGUGGCAAGCUGCAGAUUACUUCAGCAUGCUGCCCUAACAGGCCUGAUCACGAUACCCAUCACAUAUGGAGACGACCUCCUAACAUGUACGUGUAUGAUGCUGCUGUCGAUCUGCUCGUACAUGAUUCACACCUCCAUUGCGAGUGGCUCACUUCGGCCGUCUACCCGAGCAUUGCGAAUUCUCUUCUGUUUCUACUACAUCAUGAUGAUGGCUCAUGUUUGGUUCUCCCCACAAACUGCUGGCUCGAUCUCAAACCAAGUAAACCAAAAGGCACUACUGACGGCACAAUUUGCAGGGGUUGUAUGCUUUGUUGACAGCAAGGUUCACGUCCCUGGUCAGAUCGCUAUGUUGCUGGCAGAAGUCGGUCGUUUCUUCGCAGCUCAUGGGAGGGAUGGUGAAGUCAGGGAGUUUGUGGAGUUCUUGGCAUCCGCCUUCGGCUUUACAAUGAUCGUUAUCACAGCAUCGGUGUUGUACGAGCACACCAUCAGAGAGCGCUUCUCAGCACAGUUUCGACACGUCGAUGCCGAGCAAAUGAUCGCCAGCUUUCGGACACUCCUGCAUGGUGUUUGUGAUGCUGAGAUAUUACUGGACGGGCAGCUGCGGAUUCUGGAUGAGGGCGCUGGGCUGAAACGUCUUCUCUCGACUAGCGAGAGCCUUCGAGGCAAAGACUUUCAGGAGUUUCUGACUCACGACGAAGAUGAAAAGAGCCGGUUCUCUGACUUCAUUUCCAAAUGCGACGGGUCGACGGAUGAGUCCAGAGCGCCUCCUUGUCUCCGUGUCUCCAUGCAGCCCAAGUCUUGUGGACGCCUCGGUAUAGAUCUUUUUCAUGUUGCUGUGCCACAACUCUACGAUUGUGAUGGGGUCUGCCACUUGCUGGCCAUGAAACUGGAUGCCGAUUGCUUGGCAGUGCCUGAUGCCAAAGAUAUUUCGCCCUGCCUCUCACAGAUCAUCUCUCAGCCUCUAAACAUUCAGCGACCGAGUUCAAGAGCUGGAUUUUCAGACUGCUCAGGACCAGUCCUGCUGCAAUCGCCUGGCUUGAAGGAGAUUAUGCUGCUCAUAAAUGCAAAGGAUCAUGCCGUGACGCAGGUGCACCUGAGCUACAAGAGGUCGAGGUCGAAGCGUGGUCGAUCAGCCUUAGCGCCAUCCUUAAGAGAUUUUGUAAGACCAACAGAUUGGGGCACCGUGUCUCAGAGAGUUCUGGAUUAUGCUCGUCGAGAGAGCAUUUGUACGGAAGAGUCCCUGGAGCGAGUAUAUUUUCGAACGCUUGAUCGCCCUUCAGCAUACAUGCUGGCGCAAUCGGCGAGACUCAAGCCUUAUGCUAUCCAACCAGCUGGCCAAGAUUGCAGUCAGUUUUGGCUUCAUCUCAAGGAUUUCCGUCGCAAACAACAGCCCGAGCAACGUGCGCCAAGCGAGCUCGCAGACAUAGGGGAAGGCUUUUCCGGUGACGGUGAGUCGGAGACAGAAAGCCCUUAG